AAUAUCUAGAUGUUUAAACCAAGGGCAGCAGUGAACCAAAUCAGCCAGCUCACUUCUCAGUGUUUUUAUUUGCUCAUGCGUGUAAACAGUAGCGCGCCACCGUCUUGAGCGGCAGAGCUUGCAGAUUGGAUAAAUUAACUUUGUCUCCACGUCAUUCCUUGAAGGACUGCUACCAAUUUUGAGCUCACAGUAUAAGCAGCUAAGCAGGGGCCAUGGCCUUCUUGGGUACUGCCGCCGUGAGCAGGUUGUUGAGGUGUCGUGCCCCACUGCCCCCUCUCUGCCGGGCCGCCGGACGGCACUACAGCGCCGCCGCUGCCUCCUCCACUGAGCACCAGACCAAGGAGAAGAACGUGCCCUACCAGAAGACCCUCAAGCAGGAUGACGAGACCUACCGGGGCCCCACCAAGAGCCUGCCUCGGGCAGCCGACGCCGUGGUGAUCGGGGGCGGCAGCCUGGGCUGCCAGACCAUCUACCACCUGGCCAAGAUGGGCAUGACCAACGUGGUGCUGCUGGAGAGGGACCGCCUCACAGCUGGCACCACCUGGCACACGGCAGGUCUGCUGUGGCAGCUGCGGCCCAGUGACACAGAGGUGGAGCUGCUGGCCCACACGCGUAACGUGAUCAGCUCGGACCUGGAGAAGGAGACAGGCCUGGAGACCGGCUGGAUCCAGAACGGAGGCCUCUUCAUCGCAUCCAACAAGCAGCGCUUGGACGAGUACAAGCGCCUCAUGUCGUUGGGGAAGGUGUACGGCAUCGAGUCCUACGUCUUAUCACCGGCAGAGACCAAAGAUCUGUACCCGUUGAUGAACGUGGACGACCUGUACGGAACUCUCUACGUGCCCAAAGACGGCACGAUGGACCCAGCGGGCACCUGCACCACCCUGUCCAGAGCGGCGACCGCCCGCGGUGCCACGGUGAUUGAGAACUGCCCAGUGACGGGCAUCCAGGUGAGCACAGAUGACCUGGGGGUGAAACGAGUGAAGGCUGUGGAGACGCCCUUCGGCAGCAUAGAGACACCCUGCGUGGUCAACUGUGCAGGUGUGUGGGCCACCAAACUCGGGGACAUGGCCGGGGUCAAGGUGCCGCUGAUUGCCAUGCACCACGCUUACGUUGUCACAGAGAGGAUCGAGGGCAUCCAGAACAUGCCCAACGUCAGGGACCAUGAUGCAUCUGUCUACCUGCGUCUCCAAGGUGAUGCACUCUCAGUUGGAGGCUACGAGCAGAACCCUGUCUUUUGGGACGAGGUGUCUGAUAAGUUUGCCUUCAGCCUGUUUGAUCUGGACUGGGACGUGUUCAUGCAGCACAUCGAGGGAGCCGUCAACAGAGUCCCCGCACUGGAGCAGACCGGCAUCAAAUCCACCGUCUGCGGACCCGAAUCCUUCACUGCAGACCAUAAGCCCUUGAUGGGGGAGACACCAGAGGUCAGAGGGUUCUUCCUGGGCUGUGGCUUCAACAGUGCAGGGAUGAUGCUCGGAGGAGGCUGUGGGAGAGAGCUGGCUCACUGGAUCAUCCAUGGACGCCCAGAAAAGGACAUGUACGGCUAUGACAUCAGGCGGUUCCACCACUCGCUGACCAAUAACAACCGCUGGAUCCGAGAGCGGAGCCACGAGUCCUACGCCAAGAACUACUCAGUGGUGUUCCCCUUCGACGAGCCGCUGGCCAGCCGCAACAUGAGGAGGGACCCCUUCCACCAGGUCCUGCAGGACCAGGGCUGUGUGUUCCAGGAGAGGCAUGGGUGGGAGAGACCUGGUUGGUUCAACAGAGAAGGACCUGCUCCGGUUUUGGACUAUGACUACUAUGGAGCAUAUGAGCUUCCCAAAAACUCGGACUACAAAUACAACAAGCUGCUUGGAAAAGAGUACACUUUUGACUUCCCCCCUCAUCAUGAAGUGAUUAAGGAUGAGUGUUUGACCUGCAGAAAUGGAGUAGCUGUCUUUAACAUGUCCUACUUUGGCAAGUUCUUCUUGACUGGCCCAGAUGCAAAGAAGGCCGCUGAUUGGCUGUUCACAGCAGACGUCAACAAAGCCCCUGGUUCCACUGUGUACACCUGCAUGCUGAAUGGGAAGGGCGGAGCUGAAGCUGACCUCACAGUCAGCCGACUGGAACCAGGCGCUGCUCAUCUCCCUCUGGCACCAGAAUCUAAUGGUGAUGCAUAUUACCUUGCCAUUGGUGGAGGUGUGGCCCAGCACAACUGGUGUCACAUCCAGACGGUACUGCAGGACCAGGGUUUCCGCUGCUCCCUACACGACCACUCUGAAGAUAUGGGCAUGCUCAGCAUACAGGGGCCCAAGAGCCGGGAGCUUCUCCAGGAGAUUGUGGAUGCAGACCUUAGCAACGAAGCCUUCCCCUUCUCCUCUCACAAAGUGGUGACCGCUGCUGGACACAAGGUGCGUGCCAUGCGUCUGUCAUUCGUGGGCGAGCUGGGCUGGGAGCUGCACAUCCCCAAAGACUCCUGCAUGCCCGUCUACCAGGCCGUCAUGGCCGCCGGGGCCAAGCAUGGCAUCUGCAACGCCGGCUACAGGGCCAUCGACUCGCUCAGCAUAGAGAAGGGAUACAGGCAUUGGCACGCUGACCUGCGCCCUGACGACACACCCUUGGAGGCGGGGCUUGCGUUCACCUGUAAGAUGAAGAGUAAGAUCCCUUUCCUGGGCCGCGACGUGCUGGAGGCCCAGAAGGCCGCGGGACUGCGCCGGCGAAUUGUCUGCUUCACCGUGGACGAGAAAGUGCCCAUGUUUGGUCUGGAGGCCAUCUUCAGAAAUGGCGUGCCGGUUGGACACCUGCGGCGUUCUGAAUAUGGAUAUGCCAUCGAUAAGACGAUUGGAUAUGGAUACAUCCGCGAUCCAGAGGGAGGCGUGGCGAACCCUGACUUUGUGCGCAGUGGAGAGUUCACCUUGGAGCGAAUGGGGGUGGUGUACAAGGCCAAAGCCCACCUGAAGUCGCCCUUCGACCCCGAGAACAAGCGGGUGAAGGGCAUCUACGACGCGCCCCUGGAUCAAAGCCAUCUGCACAAGGCCAGGAUGUAACUGCCCCCCCCCCCCCCUACCUCCCUACCCCCGCCCCUCUUCUUUUGCCCCGCAUGGGGAGGGUGGGCGUGUCUACAGCUGGAGGUGGGCGGAGUGGGUGUUGACAUGCACCAAUCACGUCAGAGGAUUGUUGUGAGCUGAGCCGCACAAAGAUACCAUGAGGGUCUGAAAGGGGAGGGUUAUAAACCUGCCCUGAUCACGGCCACAUGGUUAUAAACCCGCCCUGAUCUCACCCACAUUUUAUGGUGAGAAAUAAGCCGUUUGUGCCUUAAAGUCAAGGAUACCACGUCUUUUUUUCUAAAAAAGCAAAGAAUUUCAGUGAUUUUGUAAAGAAAUACUUUUGUUUUUCAAUGUCUUUUUAAUGUACCUUUUAAUCACCAGUCAGAGUAUUAAACAACAGAUGCUGUAGCCUCAGGUAGCUCAGAGGACUGUGGUGCUGCUUGUUGUACUGUCAGGAUACCAUACAGCAGAUCUUGUGCUAGAUAGCAGUCAAAUCUCAUUUAUUUGGUGCAGUUAUUUUUUCUUUGUGACAUUUCUAAAACAGACUCCUGUGGAACCAACAUUGGACUUUGAAGUGAUUAUGUACUGCCGAAUGUAAAAUUGUACGAUGGUCAGUGUUUUUUAAUUAAACAGAUGGAAUAGAGCUAAUCUACAUACAUAAUGUAAUUACAUGUCCAAUGUACAUACAUACAUACAUAAGUAACCAUUUGAUUACUCACACAAUGACAAUACCACCAGUUAUAAUCCACUACAAUUUCUUGAGAGUCUUAAAUGAAAGUGAAUGUGAGAGUUAUGUUCUGCCAAUCUGCAGCUAGUUCCUGAGGGAUAGUUGCUAAAGCAAUAGCAAAGCAUUAUUAUGGGAUAUUGCCUCGCUCAAUAUCGUGCUUGUAUCUUGCAAGGUUAGAGAUGAAUAGUGUAUAGCUGCGCAUGCAGCACCUUGCAGUCAUUCCCUUUUUAAUCACAAAGAGAACCGAUUUGAUAUCAAUCUAUGCCAGCCUUCCUACUGAAGUAUUUUAUGCAAAGCCAAGUAGAAACACUAAUUGCUGGCCACUAAUGCUUUGAGUGUGACAUAUACUGUACAUGCAGUAAGUAGUUCUGUCCAGACUGUGUGCAGAGUGCACCGUCAUCAAACCUGUGCUGUUGGAAAUAAAGAUUUAUGUUCUAUGCA